UGAUCAAGAUAAUUUAAAUUGGUCGAUUAUUUGCAUUGUUUAGUGUUUAAAGCAUUACUAAGUAGUGACUUCACAAUGGCGUAGGGUUGAGUCACUACCACUUUAAGUCAAGAUAUGUGUACGUAUCUUUAAGUGUUCAAUCGUCAAUAUAGUGUAUCUUUAUCAUUAUUAAGCAAACAAAAUUAUUGAUUUUAGGUAUUAGCGCUAUACAAUGUAUAUGCUCUCGUAAUCACGUAAAUUUCAAUUAAAAUAUUGUUGAGGAAACGGUAUCGUCGUUUUCAUAAAGAUGUAUACGAUCGCAGCUUUGACUAGUCAAACAGUAUUUAUCCCACGAGAAAUUAUGUAUUUUAGUAGAAAUAUGUCGCGGUUUUAUCACGGUCGUCAAAAAUUGUAUUGUGUGAAUAAUUUUCUGUCAAGAAAACACAGUUUAUUUUCGUUUGUCGUUCAUACGUGGACUAUACCAAGAACAUGUUACAGUGCGGAAAGCAAAAUAAAUUUUCCUGAAUCCUUAACGAAGGAAAAAGCGAAAGAGAUAGCUUCUAAGCUUAGCUCAGAAGAACGAAAUCUCUUUUUAAAUGUCCUUAAAGAAUGUAAAUCAGAAGAGGAUAGGGCUGAAUAUCAACGCCAAUUAGCUGCUUUUCGAUGGUGUAAUAAACUUGGAAGACCAAGCAAAAUAUCAUCAUUAGGAGAUGUAGAUCCUACAGGCACUUAUUGUCCUGUACCAGAAGAUUGGCUUAUGCGCAAUUUAAAAAAUUUUCUUCCAUCGCAUUCACAUGGACAUCAAUCUACAACUACAGAGCCACACUUAGUUGAAACUGUUCCAGAACCAACCACAAAAGAGUUAGUAUUAGUUGCAAUUGCAAAUGCAAUCCCAUUCAUUGGCUUUGGUUUCCUUGACAAUUUCAUCAUGAUUGUCGCUGGAGAUCAAAUUGAAACAAUAUUGAAUAAAAAAUUUCCAAUAUCAACUAUGGCAGCUGCCGCGUUAGGAAAUACAAUAUCUGAUAUAAUAGGAAUCGGAUCUGUACAUUAUGUAGAACGUUUCGCUCAAAGCGUUGGUUUUAAAGCACCAAAACUUACUCCCAUACAAUUAAAUUUACAUAGGACAAAAGCAGCUGCUAAUAUGGGACGAGUUAUAGGAGUUACAAUUGGCUGUAUUAUCGGGAUGACCCCUAUCCCUAUUUUUUCCUAUUUUCAUAACGGUGGUUGAAAUUAUAUAUAUUAAAUGCUUAAAAAUUUUAUUAUUAUUAUAAUAUUUACUUUUUAUAACAAAUUGAUUUAUAAUGAUAGAAAACAAACAUCUAUUUAUGAUCUAUUAUUAAAAAUUUCGUAAUUAUUUGCAAUAUUAAUUUAUGACAAUCAUAAAGUUUAUGCAAUAUUAUGUAAUCUCUGUAAGAUGAAUGUACUUAAUAUAUACAUAUGUAUAAAAUAAUUGUAGAUGUAUUAUCAAAACUGUAUAAAUAGUAGUAACAA